UGCCCCCAAACACACUAUGCGAUUGCUGGAGUCUGCGCUCCCCCCAGCUCUGAUGUGGAGGUCCCAUUUUCCAGGACUCGAGCGGGCACUGUGACAGGCGUGGCCGUCAAUAUCGCCUCCCUGAUCUCAGUCAUGCUGCAGCCAUACAUGCCCGGCGUCAGUGCCACCAUUCAGCGCCAGCUCUGUGUGCCGAAGGCCUGCAAUGUGCUGAUGGACACCUUCCUCUGCCUCCUGCCCCCCGGGCACCAGAUCGGCACGGUGAGCCCUCUGUUCCAGAAGCUGGAGAGUGAGCAGAUUGAAGCCCUGCGGAAGCGGUUUGGUGGAGGGCAGCUGGAAGACUCCACCUUGGAGCUGAAGGCACAUGCUGCCUGCGUGGCCUCGGCCAAUGUGACACCCCCUGGGCCUGGGGGAGGCGUGGUGCUGGCAGGGGACCCCCAGAAGGCCAAGGAGCUGGCCGAGGAGCUGGCCAAACAGGCCAACCACGUGCGCCAGCUGAAGGCCAACAAGGCAGAGAAGGGGCAGAUCGAUGCUGAGGUUGCCAAGCUGCUGGAGCUGAAGAAGCAGCUGGCGCUGGCUGAGGGGAAGACCCCUGAGCCCCCGGCCCCCAUGGGGAAGAAGAGGAAAUAGCUUCUGAGUGCCUCAGAAGAGUGGCAGUGGUGGUUCUUCCCUUGCUGGGGGGAUCUGCACCUGUCCUCUCCAGCCCCAAAAGGACUACCUGUGAGCAGUUGGAGGUAUGGGGCCUGGCCCAGCCCUGCCUCUCCCCUUUGGGCCCCUCCUGCAGCAGCUGUGCUGAGUGCAAGGAGCCCCUGACCCACCUACUGCGAUGCCCAGCCUACACAAGGACCCAGAGAGCCACUCAGGUGUACGGGGUGUAAUGGGGGAAGCGCUGACUGCGCCACGAUGUACAAUAAAGGGUUUGCUCGA